UUUGACGAGCACUACUCCUGUCACUCUCCAUGGCCUCACCUUCCUCCCCGGUGCUGCCCUCCCCGAUCCCUCCUAAUCCCUUAAAACCCUCCAUUAAGUCAGGCGUAUCGUCACCUCUCCUCUAUAUUAAAACUCCUCUCCAACCAAACCCUUCCGCCCUCUCACCUUUAUUACUUCUCUUGAUCUUGUUCCAAAGAAACAUCCAAUUCUUGUUACCGAUGUCGCAGCCGGGGCAGCCUUCGAUGGGCAGCGAUGGCGGCGGCCCCGUGACGAUAAGCAGCGAGAUCUUGGUAGCAGCGAUCAUCUUCCUCUUCAUGGUCGUCGUCUGCGUCAUCUUUCUCUAUCUCUACGCCAGGCACUACUGGGGCGCCAACCCCGCCCUCCGCCGCUCCCGCGCCCACUUCAUCUUCGCCCCCGCCGAUGCUGGCCCCUUGCCGCACCGCGGCCUCGAUCCCCAAGUGCUGAAAGCUCUCCCCGUCACCGUCUACCGGCCGGCGGACUUCAAGGAGGGCCUCGAGUGCGCCGUCUGCCUCUCCGAGCUCGCCGACGGAGAGGCGGCCCGGCUGCUGCCCAAAUGUAACCACGGGUUCCAUCUUAAGUGUAUCGAUAUGUGGUUCCAUUCUCACUCGACCUGCCCGCUCUGCCGGUGUCCCGUAGGCCCGGAGCCGGCGGGGCAUUCGGAUUCCGGUGCGGAGUUGGCCGGAAUUCCGUCUCUCAACACUGCUCCGGCCGAUGCCCAUUCGUCGGAAUCCCCGCAGUUCCCGACGAAUGUUUUGUUCUGGGGAACACAGGACAGGGUUAAUACUGGCGCCGCGGCGGCGGCGGCGGCCGCAGCUGGUUCGCAAGACGGGGCUUCGAGUUCUUCGAGGUCGAGGAAACCGGAGGGCAUGCUGGUGAUCGAGAUUCCAAGCCGGGUGGUGGAGGGGUUCCCUCCGCCUAUAUCGCCACUGCCGUCGAGUAGUUUCCCGGUGGAGGAGAUGAAAUCACCGGCGUCGGCAAGGUUGAGAUCACUGAGGAGGCUGCUGAGCCAGGGGAAGCGAGCGGUUGGUUCUUCUUGUAGCCCCAGGGAAGGUGACAUCGAGAAGGGAUUGGUAGGAUGUGGAGGAGCUUCAGGAGAGGGGCGUGCUCGGACUCCGAAAACUCCAAGGAAUUCAUGAAUUCAAGCUGUGUGACGGAGGAUUAGUGUGAAAGAAUUGAAUUCAAGCAGAUGGGUGAUAUCGUUCAGAAUGGAAUUUCAGUUGAAAUGUUCAGGUUGAGUCUAUAGGGAUGCUAGUUUCAGCUUCCAAGAUGUAUUUGGUCGCUUGCCAAUCAUCGGAAGGUGUUUAGUUCUCAGUUUCUUGACCCAUAUGAAAGCAAACCAGCUGCAGCUGGUUCAGAGAUGAACUUGUACAGAUAGAUUCUUUGUUUGUUCUAUUGAGGAAAUGGGAAAUCUUUCAUGUUCUUUAAAGUAGGUCCUUUGUUGAAAAUGUUCCGAACUUGAUCCUGGUCUGUUGAUUCGUUAAAAAAAAAAAUUGUUGCAUAGGUCUGUUUUCAGAGGAUGGAGAAUGGAUGUCCUUUGUA